UCAGUGGAUGUGACUAUUGCGUCACCCCAGCUGGCAGGAAAUUAUAUAAGAAGACGGUGGGAUAGGAAUUUCUGCCGAAAAAACCUUUAUAAAAGACAUGAAACUUUGGUCUACAACUCACACGUUCAGACAUGCUUGGGAGACAGUGACGCAAGCUGUUUGGAGGAAAUAUCCUAACGAUUAUAAUCCUCAUGUAAAAGCUAUUGAUGUCAUUGACCGACAUGUAGAUAAUGAGGGGCGUCUUGUUACUAAACGAGUUAUGGGUACUCAAUGGAACUUACCCUCAUGGGCUAUAUACAUACUGGGCCUGCAAGACAUGUGUUAUGGCAUUGAACACUCAGUUAUUGACCCAACGGCCAAAACAAUGACCUUAAAAGGCAGAAAUUUAACAUUCUCAGGACUUGUGGGGAUUGAAGAAAAUCUAGAGUAUUCACAGCAUCCGGAUGAUGAGAAUGCAACUUUAAUGAAACAAGAAGCAGUUGUGACUGUUUUUGGUUUAAGUUUUAGUAGUUAUUGUGAAAAACUAAUCACAGACACAUAUGAGAAUAAUUCCAGAAAAGGCAGGCAAGCAAUGGAGCAUGUUAUUGGAGUGAUAAAUCAAGAAAUAUCUGAUUUAGCUGCAGGUUUUGAACAGGCUACAACAAAACUUAAUACAGAAUUUGAACAUGCAACAGCUGUCAUAAACUCUGAGCUAAAUGAUAUUGCACAGGGUGCUAAAAAUGGGUUGGAACAAGCAGCAAGGAUAAAUACAGCAUUUUGUGAACAGUCUACUUCAUGACAGAAUUAAAGAAUGAAGAAUGUAUACCAAAGAGCAUGUUUAGGGCCGUUUGCACAGUACUUUGGAAGUAAUUUAGAUGAUGCCAAAAGUGUGGAUGGGUGCUGUUGGUGGUAUUUUUCUCUUGAAGCAAUAGGAUGGGAAAGAAGUCAGGAGUUUUCAUAGGACAUUUAAAAACUGAGCCAUGAACUCAGUAUAAAUGUGGAUUAAUUUAACAUUAUUUUAUUACUAACAUAACCAGUAAUACACAGUCAGGGGCUUUCACCCUGAAUUCAACAGACAUGAACUUACAGGGUGCUGGUGUUUCCUGGCCAAUUUUGCCUUUAAACGUCUUUGUCAUAGUUUGUCAUAGACUUAUCAUAGUUCUUCUUUGUGAAGGUAAAUUAUUUAUUUAAAAUGUUUUAACUAAAACUUUUAACAUUAAUAUUAAAAGAGACAUGUUG